AGAACACGAUGACGGCGUACGUUGGACGAGCCUGGACGAUGCUUCGUUUUUAUACGGAUUUCGCAUACGCCGGUGUUGCCUAUUUGGUUAAUUCAAAGGCACAUAGAGCCAUGCCAAGCCUCACUCACGUGGAGCCCAUCGAGAAGCUCUCCGACGCGGUCACCAGAAUUCUCGGCCACAAUCCCGGCCCCUUCACUCUUCAAGGAACUAAUACAUAUCUACUGGGCACUGGUGCAAAAAAAAUCCUCGUGGACACUGGUGAGCCGAACGUCACCGAGUACAUUUCGGCACUGAAAUCAGUUCUCGCAUCUACGAAUUCCCACAUUGAAUAUAUCGUUAUUACGCAUUGGCAUGGCGAUCAUGUUGGUGGAAUCGAUAAUAUUACUGAUGAGAUUUUGGAUAAAAAGAAGAUACCUAUUUAUAAAAUGAAACGGGACAAGGAUGAGGGUGUCGAGAGAUUUCAUUAUGUUGACGAUGGGUUUGAGGUUGCAGUUGAUGGAGCCACGCUGAAACUAAUCGCCACUCCAGGCCACACCGCCGAUCACUUCUCUCUGUGGCUCCAAGAGGAACGAGCAUUGUUCAGUGGAGACUGCAUCCUCGGCGAGGGAACUACCGUCUUCGAGGAUCUUCAUGACUAUAUGACUUCACUGCAAAAGAUCAAGGAUCUCAAUGCGACAAGGAUUUAUCCGGGUCAUGGUCCGGUUAUCGAUAAGGUCGUGGAGAAGGUUGACGAGUACAUCGAGCACCGAAUGAAACGAGAACGCGAGAUUAUCAAAGUGCUCAAAGAGCACGAGGAGAUCACCAGUAUGGAUGUGACUAAUCAGGUUUAUGCUGACUCGCCGUGGGCUGUACGACUGGCUGCGUUGAACAAUGUGAAGCUCGUGCUGAAGAAGCUUUGCAAGGAUGGAGUCGUUGAGAAUCCGCAUUUUGAGACUUUCAAGUGGAUUGGAGGCAGUAGUAGUGGAGAGGAGAAGAAGAAUGAAUCGUCGAAUUUGUAGAAAAAAAAAAUUAUUUUUUGGAAUUUUAAAUAUUUAAUUCGCUCUUUAUGUGUUUUCAAAAUGUAGAAUUUACGAUGUUAAUUCGAACUUUUCAUAGAUUAAAUUUAAGUUUUAACCUACCUAUAUUUGAGAAUUCCAAAAAAUCUCGAAAAUAUUCAUUUUUUAAAUUCGAAAACCAUAUUUUUUCGAAUUAAAAAAUUCAAACUUCUGGAAAAAAUUUGAAAUUUUUAAUUUUUUUUGUUUGAUUUUUCAAAAAAUUUCCGGAAAAUUAAUUUCAGUACCAAUUUUUUCAAAAUUUCGAGUAUUUUUCGAAUAUCUCGAAGCGGAUUUCGAAUUUUGAAAAUUAAGGAAAUAAUUUUUUUUAUCUCCAAAAUUUCCAAAAAUUCAACCUUUUUUAUCAAGGUUUCCCGUGUGUAUAGGAUACAAUAGAUAUAUAAUAAAUAUUUUAUUGUCAA